UUCUCCAAGGGGAAAGAUGUACCUCUUUUCUCCUUUUGUUUUAGCAUUUGUUUUGGUAUAUUGUUGGGUGGCUUGCUUCACUCCCAUGGUUUUCUCCAUCAAUUUAGUUGAUGAGGUUGCUCUUAUUGCCUUGAAAGCCCAUAUCACAUAUGAUUCCCAAGGCAUUUUGGCAACAAAUUGGUCUACCAAAAGCUCCUAUUGUAGUUGGUAUGGUAUUUCUUGCAAUGCUCCUCAACAAAGAGUUUCUGCAAUCAAUCUCUCUAACAUGGGUCUUCAAGGAACUAUUGUGUCACAAGUCGGCAACCUCUCUUUUCUUGUUUCCCUUGAUCUCAGUAAUAACUACUUCCAUGCGUCUCUUCCCAAGGAUAUUGGUAAGUGCAAAGAGCUUCAACAACUGAAUUUAUUUAAUAAUAAAUUGGUUGGAAGCAUUCCAGAAGCCAUUUGUAAUUUAUCAAAACUUGAAGAGCUAUAUCUUGGCAAUAAUCAGUUGACCGGUGAAAUUCCAAAGACGUUCAGUCAUCUUCGUAAUCUGAAGAUAUUGUCAUUGCGAAUGAACAACUUAACAGGUUCCAUACCUGCCACCAUUUUCAACAUAUCUUCUUUGCUCAACAUUAGUCUCUCCUACAACAGCCUCUCUGGAAGUCUUCCCAUGGAUAUGUGCAACACCAAUCCAAAUCUCAAGGAGCUUAAUCUUACGUCAAAUAACUUGAGUGGAAAGAUCCCCACCAGUUUAGGCCAAUGUACAAAGCUUCAAGUAAUUUCCUUAUCAUAUAAUGAAUUGACGGGGAGCAUGCCAAGAGCAAUUGGUAAUUUGGUGGAGCUUCAGAGAUUGUCUCUCCUCAAUAACAGCUUGACAGGAGAAAUACCUCAAUCACUGUUGAACAUCUCUUCAUUGAGGUUUUUGCGUCUGGGAGAAAAUAACCUAGUAGGUAUCCUCCCUACAAGCAUGGGUUAUGAUCUUCCCAAGCUUGAAUUCAUUGAUCUCUCAAGCAAUCAACUCAAAGGUGAAAUCCCCUCCAGCUUGUUGCAUUGUCGACAGCUCCGAGUGCUAUCCUUAUCAGUCAAUCACUUAACUGGAGGCAUACCAAAAGCUAUAGGGAGUUUAUCGAAUCUUGAAGAAUUAUAUCUUGAUUAUAACAAUUUGGCAGGUGGAAUUCCUAGAGAGAUUGGGAAUCUUUCAAAUUUAAAUAUUCUGGACUUUGGGUCUAGUGGAAUAAGUGGCCCUAUUCCUCCUGAAAUUUUCAAUAUCUCUUCUUUGCAAAUCAUUGAUUUGACUGAUAAUAGCCUUCCUGGGAGUCUUCCAAUGGAUAUCUGCAAACAUCUUCCUAAUCUCCAAGGGCUCUAUCUUUCUUGGAAUAAGCUCAGUGGUCAACUUCCUUCAACUCUGUCCUUAUGUGGACAAUUGCAGUCACUGUCUUUAUGGGGGAAUAGGUUCACAGGUAACAUUCCACCUUCAUUUGGUAAUUUAACCGCCUUACAGGUUCUUGAAUUGGCGGAAAACAAUAUUCCAGGUAACAUCCCCAGUGAGUUGGGGAAUCUCAUCAACUUACAGUACUUGAAACUUAGCGCAAACAAUCUAACAGGGAUAAUACCAGAAGCUAUUUUCAAUAUCUCUUCAUUACAAGAGAUUGAUUUUAGUAAUAAUAGCCUUUCCGGGUGUCUUCCAAUGGAUAUCUGCAAACAUCUUCCUGAUCUUCCCAAGCUUGAAUUCAUUGAUCUCUCAAGCAAUCAACUCAAAGGUGAAAUCCCUUCCAGCUUGUCGCAUUGUCCACAUCUCCGAGGGCUAUCAUUAUCACUCAAUCAGUUCACAGGAGGCAUACCACAAGCCAUAGGGAGUUUAUCGAAUCUUGAAGAAUUAUAUCUUGCUUAUAACAAUUUGGUAGGUGGAAUUCCUAGAGAGAUUGGGAAUCUUUCAAAUUUAAAUAUUCUGGACUUUGGGUCUAGUGGAAUAAGUGGCCCUAUUCCUCCUGAAAUUUUCAAUAUCUCUUCUUUGCAAAUAUUUGAUUUGACUGAUAAUAGCCUUCUUGGGAGUCUUCCAAUGGAUAUCUACAAACAUCUUCCUAAUCUCCAAGAGCUCUAUCUUUCUUGGAAUAAGCUCAGUGGUCAACUUCCUUCAACUCUGUCCUUAUGUGGACAAUUGCAGUCACUGUCUUUAUGGGGGAAUAGGUUCACAGGUAACAUUCCACCUUCAUUUGGUAAUUUAACCGCCUUACAGGAUCUUGAAUUGGGGGACAACAAUAUUCAAGGUAACAUCCCCAAUGAGUUGGGGAAUCUCAUCAACUUACAGAACUUGAAACUUAGCGAAAACAAUCUGACAGGGAUAAUACCAGAAGCUAUUUUUAACAUCUCAAAACUGCAGAGCCUUUCGUUGGCACAAAAUCACUUUUCAGGCAGUCUCCCAUCAAGUCUUGGCACUCAGCUCCCCGAUCUUGAAGGGCUUGCUAUAGGACGCAAUGAAUUCAGUGGAAUAAUUCCAAUGUCUAUUUCAAACAUGUCAGAACUUACUGAGCUGGACAUAUGGGACAAUUUCUUCACUGGUGAUGUGCCAAAAGAUCUAGGUAACUUGAGAAGGCUUGAAUUUCUCAACCUUGGAUCCAAUCAAUUGACUGAUGAACACUCCGCCUCUGAGGUUGGUUUUCUUACUUCUCUGACCAAUUGUAAUUUUUUGAGAACAUUGUGGAUAGAAGAUAAUCCUUUAAAAGGUAUUCUUCCAAAUUCACUAGGGAAUCUUUCCAUUUCUCUUGAAAGUUUUGAUGCAUCAGCCUGCCAAUUCAGAGGAACCAUCCCCACAGGAAUUGGUAAUUUGACCAGUUUGAUAUCUCUAGAGCUAGGAGAUAAUGACUUGACAGGUUUGAUUCCAACUACAUUGGGUCAACUAAAGAAGCUCCAAGAAUUAGGCAUUGCUGGAAAUAGACUACGAGGAUCCAUUCCAAAUGAUCUUUGUCGUUUGAAGAACUUGGGAUACUUGUUUUUGAGUUCUAACCAACUAACUGGAUCAAUCCCAAGUUGUCUUGGAUAUCUUCCUCCACUACGAGAACUCUAUCUUCACUCCAAUGCAUUAGCUUCCAACAUUCCUCCAUCCUUAUGGACCCUUAGAGGUUUGUUGGUUCUUAACUUGUCUUCAAAUUUCCUAACUGGCCAUCUACCUCCCGAAGUUGGAAACAUAAAGUCCAUUAGAACAUUGGACCUGUCAAAGAACCAAGUUUCAGGUCACAUUCCAAGAACAUUGGGAGAACUACAAAAUUUGGAAGACCUUUCCUUGUCCCAAAACAGACUACAAGGCCCUAUACCUCUAGAGUUUGGUGAUUUGCUAAGCUUGAAAUUCUUGGAUUUGUCCCAAAACAAUUUAUCUGGAGUCAUUCCCAAGUCAUUAAAGGCUCUUACUUAUCUCAAAUAUCUAAAUGUUUCUUUCAAUAAACUACAAGGAGAAAUUCCGGAUGGAGGACCUUUCAUGAAUUUCACUGCUGAAUCGUUCAUCUUCAAUGAAGCCUUGUGUGGAGCACCUCACUUUCAAGUCAUAGCAUGUGAUAAAAGCACUCGCAGUCGAUCGUGGAGGACGAAGUUAUUCAUCUUGAAAUAUAUUCUACCUCCAGUCAUAUCAAUAAUAACUUUAGUGGUUUUCCUUGUUUUGUGGAUACGUAGACGAAAGAACUUGGAAGUGCCAACUCCAAUUGACUCAUGGCUUCCUGGAUCACAUGAAAAGAUUUCCCACCAGCAACUUCUUUAUGCAACAAACUACUUUGGUGAAGAUAAUUUGAUUGGGAAAGGAAGCCUGAGCAUGGUAUAUAAAGGGGUAUUAUCUAAUGGCUUAACUGUUGCUGUAAAGGUUUUUAAUUUAGAAUUCCAAGGAGCCUUUAGGAGUUUUGAUUCAGAAUGUGAAGUGAUGCAAAGUAUUCGCCAUCGGAAUCUCGUCAAGAUAAUUACUUGUUGCUCCAACCUUGACUUCAAAGCAUUGGUGCUCGAAUAUAUGCCUAAAGGAAGCCUUGACAAGUGGUUGUAUUCUCACAACUAUUUUUUGGAUCUCAUCCAAAGAUUAAACAUCAUGAUUGAUGUGGCAUCAGCAUUGGAGUAUCUUCAUCAUGAUUGUCCAAGCCUUGUGGUGCAUUGCGACUUAAAGCCCAACAAUAUUUUGUUAGAUGAUGACAUGGUUGCUCAUGUGGGCGAUUUUGGGAUUGCAAGAUUGUUGACUGAAACAGAGUCUAUGCAACAAACAAAGACCUUGGGCACAAUUGGCUACAUGGCACCAGAGUAUGGCUCAGAUGGGAUAGUAUCCACAAAGGGCGAUGUUUUUAGCUAUGGGAUCAUGCUAAUGGAGGUAUUUGCAAGGAAGAAGCCUAUGGAUGAAAUGUUCAAUGGAGAUCUAACCUUGAAAAGUUGGGUGGAGUCAUUAGCUGAUUCGAUGAUAGAGGUUGUGGAUGCCAAUCUAUUGAGGAGAGAGGAUGAAGACUUUGCCACAAAGCUGAGCUGUUUGUCCUCCAUUAUGGCUUUAGCUUUGGCCUGUACAACUGAUUCACCUGAGGAGAGGAUUGACAUGAAAGAUGUGGUAGUUGGACUUAAGAAGAUCAAAAUCGAACUGUUGACAUAAGGAUUACUUCAAAUUGAUACACAACAGUUCAUGUCAGUAGUUUAAAACAUGUGGGAGCUGGUUAAGAGUACAAAAAUAACGAUCCUCACCAUUCUUAGGUAUAUGUCAUGGGUCUGACUGUUUUUAAUUCUACCUUUUCUCCAUUAGCAGAGUUUUAGAAUAAGGUAUAUCUAAGUGAGUCAUGGAAGGGCAUAUCAUGCUUUUCUUUUUAAGGUUUAAUAGAGAUAUUGUGCUAAAGGUUGCUUUGUUCUCAUAUAAUUUAGCAGAUGGGUUUCUUUUUCUUGCCUUGAAAGUCCAUCCAACCUACGACUCUUAAAGGCAUUUGGCAACAAACUGAU